GUCUAUGCACGUAGACAACAUAAUGUUAGACAUGGAAAUAGACACGGGCUCCCCAAUAUCCUGCAUUAGUAAGGAAAAUUAUUAUAAAUAUUUUAGACAUAGGCCGAUUAGGCCAUUCAAUUUGUCAUUUACAUUUAUUGAUGGGAGUAAAUUUAAACCGUUAGGGGUUAUAAGGCCAGAUGUUGUUUACGACGGGAAAUUAAAAACUUUAGAACUUUUUGUUGUAGAAGGGGGUACAGCAACUUUGUUAGGCCGGCAAUGGCUAAGGGAGCUAGGGAUUAAGAUCCCUGUAUUUAACUGUCAGACUGUGAGUAAUGAUGAACUGUGUAAAUUACUCGACAGGUAUAAGGAGCUAUUCAGCGGCGGGCUGGGGCGGUUUACGGGCGGCAAGGCGACUCUUCGCGUAAAGGAAGGCGCGGCACCGGUGUACUGUCGCGCGCGCCCUCUGCCGUAUGCGCUGCGCGAUCGGGUAGACCACGAGCUGGACGAGAUGCUGCGCAGCGGAGUCAUCGAGCCCGUCGACACAUCGGAGUGGGCCACGCCCCUUGUGCCGGGCAGGCCAGAGGACCAGGGGACCACGGCUAGAGAGGCGGCACCCACUCCAUGUACGCCAAGGCAAGCGAGGUCAUCGGCGACACCACCAGACACCCCGGCGCACAACGUCAAUGGAGGCGCGCGCCACAGUACACCGCCAACACCUACCGCUGGCCCCAGUAACGAUCCCCAAACGUCACCCUUGCCGCCACCGGAACCGCCUCAACCCCGCCAUGUUAGAGAGUGCCGGAUUUUAAAUCCACCGAGGUACAAAUUUUAGUUAGGUAAUUUUAGUUUUAUUUUAACGUUACCUCUGUAGGAACCUUUUACAUGCAAGAUAGUUAACUCACCAUUCGCAUACCUUACCUCGUUGCAAUAAGGUUUACAAAGGUUUAGCUGGUUGUGUUGAUAAUAAUAUACCUGUAUAAAUAGUAGUAAAUAGUUAUAACUUAGCCUGCGGGUACGUUGUUAACUAAGUAGCAUAAAAUAAAUGUUUUGUUUCUUUAUUAAAACUUUUUUGUUUGUUAUAUGUGAUUGGAUGAAUAUUGACCUAGAUUUCAUUUGUUUAAGUUAUACUACUGUUUAGAGUCAAUACCAAAAUUAAUUAAAAGUUACUUAAAUAAUAAGAAACAUGCCUAAUGUGAGUACAUGAAUCAAUUUUUUCAUCUAUAGGAAUGUUAACUCUCCUUCGCGGGUAAACCACUUUAAAUUAAAUGUUAUACUUACCCAUGUACGUUCCUAUACCUACGGCUCAUCAGCUGAUCUGCGUUCCGAUUUACGAUGACUUUGUUGAGUAACCGACAUAAAGUAAGAUAACUACAUAUUAUGUUGCAAUACUGUUGUUGAUGUGUAGGUAUAGGUACAUUUUUUUUUAUGUACUUAGUAUUAAGAAGAGAGUAGGAAAUAUUAAAUUAAUUUCUUUAAUGAUAAUUGUUUGCCGACUGAGA